GAAGAAGAUACACCUUCAAUCUGUGAAACAAAUGGAGGAUGGAGGAGAGAACACACCUGAAGUUUCAGAGGAAAGGCUCUGAUCCACCUGACACACUCAGUUCAAGUGCUGCUCUACUAUCUGUGGGCGGAGCCAGGAGGGAGUGGGCCUGCCCGGCGCUUUUAAUACAGAUGCGCUCUUCUGUGCGCUUUGCGUUCAGCGGCGAGCGGACACGGGAGAGCGGGGAGAGACAGACCAGACAGCACCAUGACUGCACCCAGCAACACCUACGAUGUGAUAGUGGUCGGCGGAGGAAUAUCAGGUUUGAGUGCAGCAAAGCUGUUAAAAGCCAAUGGGCUGAGCCCUGUAGUCCUGGAGGCCAGGGAUCGGGUUGGUGGUCGCACCUUCACUGUGCAGAAUAAGGAGACAAAGUGGGUUGAUCUGGGUGGGGCUUACAUCGGACCAACUCAGAACCGCAUCCUCCGUUUGGCCAGAGAGUACGGUGUUCAGACCUACAAAGUCAACGAGCAGGAGAGCCUGGUGCAUUAUGUCAAUGGAAAGUCGUACCCGUUCAAAGGCUCCUUCCCUCCCAUGUGGAACCCCAUCGUCCUGUUGGACUUCAACAACCUGUGGAGGACGAUGGACGAGAUGGGCAAGGAGAUUCCCAGAGAGGCUCCCUGGAGAGCUCCCCAUGCCGAGGAGUGGGACAAGAUGUCCAUGCAGCAGCUCUUUGAGAAAAUCUGCUGGACCAGCACUGUUCGUCGCUUCGCCACACUGUUUGUCAACGUGAACGUGACGUCUGAGCCCCACGAGGUGUCGGCUCUGUGGUUCCUCUGGUACGUGAAGCAGUGCGGAGGAACCAUGAGGAUCUUCUCCACCACAAAUGGAGGACAGGAGAGGAAGUUUGUAGGCGGCUCCAGUCAGAUCAGUGAGGGCAUGGCCAGAGAGCUGGGAGACCGAGUGAAGCUGCAGUCUCCGGUCUACAGCAUCGACCAGAGCGGAGACAUGGUGGUGGUGGAGACGCUGGACAAACAGACCUACACCGCCAAGUACGUGAUCGUGGCCACCCCUCCCGGUCUGAACCUGAAGAUGCACUUUAACCCCGAGCUGCCGCCACUGAGGAACCAGCUGAUCCACCGCGUCCCCAUGGGCUCCGUCAUCAAGUGCAUGGUCUACUACAAAGAGAACUUCUGGAGGAAAAAGGGUUACUGUGGCAGUAUGGUGAUCGAGGAGGAAGGUGCUCCCAUUGGUCUGACGCUGGAUGACACGAAGCCUGACGGAAGUGUGCCCGCCAUUAUGGGUUUCAUCCUCGCCCGCAAGUGCAGAAAGCUAUCAGUCUUGACCAAAGAGGAGAGGCUGAAGAAGAUCUGUGAGAUCUACUCCAGAGUGCUGGGUACAGAGGAGGCUCUGCAUCCGGUGCACUACGAGGAGAAGAACUGGUGUGAAGAGGAGUACUCCGGGGGCUGCUACACGGCAUAUUUCCCCCCAGGAAUCCUUACCCAGUUUGGCAGGGUGCUGAGGGAGCCGGUCGGCAGGUUGUACUUUGCAGGCACAGAGACGGCCACAGAGUGGAGCGGCUACAUGGAGGGGGCGGUGGAGGCUGGAGAGAGAGCAGCCAGAGAGAUCCUGUUUGCAAUGAAAAAAAUCCACCAGAAUCAGAUCUGGCAGUCGGAGCCUCCGUGUUUGGAAGUCCCAGCACUCCCCUUUGUCACCAGCUUCUGGGAGAGAAACUUGCCUUCAGUCGGCGGUCUCUUCAAGUUCAUGGGAAUCUCCACCUUCCUGUCCGUGGCUGCAGCAGCCGGCCUGGUGGCCUACAAGAAGGGCCUCCUCCCCCGGAGUUAAACCGCCCACAGCCGUCAGCUCACUCUCACGAGGGCACAUCUCAAUAGACACUGUACUCUUGUUCUUCUAGUGCACUACUUUAUGGCCCAGACUGCAAAGUAGUGAACUAUGUCGGGUAUAGGAUGAUGUAAGAAAGACUGUUCAGCUCACACAAAACACUAACGCACCAUCGCUCUGUGCACUGUCUGUUCACUAAUGAAAGAGAGAGUGAGACAAAGUCAUGGGCUGAUCAGAGGCAAAGGGACGGUAGUUUGAGAGGAGUGAAGACAUUUAGUUUAAAUCUACAUUAAAUCUGAGAUUCAGAUUGUCAAAACCAAUGACGGAAAAAGAACAGAAUCAAUUCUUAAAAUGAAAUAUAUAUAUAUAGAUGUAUGUAUCACUGUCGGUACUCCACACAUUGCCAACGACCCUUACAUUCUUACAUGAGGGUUUAUUAACUCAUCAUGCUUUCUGUUUGUAUGCAUGCAUGUGUGUGUGUGUGUGUGUGUGUGUGUCCAGUGUGUCUAAUUACCUCUGCUGAUUUUAGGUGCUAAUUUAUUCUGGCCAAGCAGCUGUAGCUGUUUGAUGAGAUCCAGUAACAUCAGAAUUAAAUAGAGUUGUGCCAUUGCCCGUCACAAAAUCACAGAGGAGGUUCGAGGAUAAGGCUGAAGAUAUUAUAUAUUUUUCUUAAUGUCAACAAAUCCCAUGAAGAGACAAAUCAAUACUUUUAUUUUCUUACUUUAAUGAAGUAGCUAGAGUCUUGUAUAUCUUCUUCCUCUGUGUCACGGAGCUCCGUCGUCGUCCGAAAACUGAAACACAUCAGUGAGCAGCACUGUUGCACCGGCUGACAUGUUCCUUCAUUAUGAAGAACAUGGGCACUAUUUUAUGUCAGUCCAGCAGGAUAAUAUGUCUAAGUAUGCACAGGAACCAUCCACCCACAUGUGGAGUAACUUUAAUACGUAUGUUCCCACGCACGAGAUUAAUAUUAACGUUACAAACACAACACUGCACAGCUUGCACAGCAGUCACUGAUGAGGGUAGCUGCAGCCUCCCGGGGCUCAUCGCUUUGCAAAGCGCGUGGAUCCUGGACCUGUAGCUGGCUUCUAGCCUCUGUCGUAAGGUUGUAACGUCAAUGCUAGCAGCAGUAAAGUCUCAGUAAAGAUUCUCCGCUGCUGAGGCUUGUUCGCUUUAUUGUUUCAAAAGCCUGAAAAAUGCUGAAUUCUAACUACUUUUGCUCACUGACACACAACAUAAGUAACACAAUAUUGCUAGUAUCACAAUUCAGCGCCAGAAAUGUUCAUCAUACACCGACCGUUUGGCCCGUGACAUGCGCACCAAGCAUCGGCAUCCCAAUGUGUUUGCCUCAUAGUGAGUAGACACAGCCACAAAAUGCAUCUCAGGCACAUUCAUCAGUAAAAAAGAACCCAAAGACAAAGAAAGAUCUGCUUCUUGUGUCUUCUUAUUUUCAAGAUUGGACGAUAAAUCAUUAAAAAAAAGUUUGCACAGUGGGAACAUUUGGGAACAUAUCUGCUACUUCUACAGCAUUUGUGCUACAGUGGUAGUUUCUUGUUCAUAGCGGGGGAUAAGAGAUCUUUCUCCAUCUUAAUCCUGAGUUCUGUUUAACAGGUUAGCCCGGGGCUAUGAAACCUUAUCCAGCAGCCUUGGGCUUUUGUAGGCUGCUAAAGGGCCGGGGCUGAUGCCAAGGUCUAGUUAGUAACUUUAAAAAAAUAUCCAGUGUAAGGUUACGGUUAAGAUCUGAACACAAGCUACACUGACAUAGUGUUCACUCUCUGCUUAACAGGCGCAUCCUGCAUCAGAAAAGUACAGUUAAAACAACCAGAGAGAAAAUAGAACAACGACCAAGAGUCAGGAAGAAGUAAAACCUUAAUUUGACAAAAAAGGGGCUUAUUUAGUAGGUAUAAUCAUUAAAAAAAAAUUCAACUCCUGUGGGAGGAUGACUCAAGUCAAUUUUAUUUACAUAUCCAAGAAUCAGACAUUUGCCUGAAAGGCUUUAGUUUGUUUUAAAUGAAUCCUCUCUUGUGCCACAGAUUCUUCACUAAAGCACCAAACCCAUGGCUGAAAAUAGUUCCCAUCAAAAACACUGUUUACUCCUGUUUGAGUCUCAUUUGCUUAAAGUGCCAGCACCCAGCUGUUACAGGAAAUAACCCUUUUAAAAAACAAUAUUCUGUAUUUGAGUUUAAAGAUUUACAUCUUCAGCAGGAACAAACAGACGAGGAGCCGACAGGGAAGUCAGAAGCAUGGGAUCUGUUGACAGUAAGAAAAAGAAAAAUGCGUAAGAAGCCUCAUCCUUCAAUUCAAACUUGUAUUUCGGGGUGAUGUCGUGCUACUAAGCUGCUCUGUUAUCUGUUGGUAAAUGUAAUGGAAGCACUCGAAUGUAUUUUUAUUCAGACUAGAUGACACAAACAUUUUGAUUUACAGAUUUUUGACCGAUAUAUUUUUGUCGUUUCUCAUAAAUUGGAUUAAUGCAAAGGGUCGUGCUGUCGCUGACGAAAACCAGCCCAGUCGCCAGCGGAAAUUGGCAUUGUACGUUUCCGCAAACCAUUUUGCACAUUUCAUAUGUGUUAUAUCAACAUCUCUAAAGUGAUGUAGAAGAUGAGCUGACUCUGGGUGAGAUGUGGAGGCGAUGACGGAUGACGUGACGUCUAAUCAAGAUGCCUGCUAAGCAACAAACAACAAAUUUGGUUUUGAUUUAGCGAGUCAUUGCUGUGUCAAGCGGCUUUUUAGGCAAGAAAAAAGGUUGUUUAUUAGCAACGUGUCGCUGUUUUUCUAGCAGAGAUCGUCCCACCCAAAACCCCACACGUUAACCCCAGCACUGAAAUGUGAACUUUAAACAUAUCGGCUACAUAAUAAUGUACAAAUGCAGCGUUGCCAGGUGGGAAAUGUAGGAUUAUCAUACCAGAGACUCAAAAUUAUCAUAUUUUGAGGGAAAUUAUCGAACAUCAGUCAUAACCAAAAUAAAAAGCCUACUGAUACACCAUAAGCAGAUGCCUUCAGGGCUCACAAAAAACUCUGGCAUACUGAUUACAACCACACAUUCAUGAAAUGGUCAAAUUAUUGUACAUUUGGCCUUUUUUUGGGAUUAUUGAUUGUACAUUGUACAGAGGGCCAAAUUAUCAUACAAAUAUGAUAAUUAUCGUACACCUGGCAACGCUGUACAAAUGUAACGUAUCUGUGGUUUGAAGAAAUGUACAAUGCCGACAAUAUUUCUGGCGACUGGGUUAAAAUAUUAUCAUUCCAGUUAUUUUAGAUCCAGGUGGCCGGCCUGCAGCUCCUCUGUGAAGUCCUGGAUUUUAUUGACUUACAUUUUUGCAGCUAUCAGAUGUUUUAUUGUAUCGUUUACUUAUAGGGAAACAAAUGAGUUUUAAAUCACACAAGACGUUGCUAAGGAAAGUUUUGAUUUGUUAAAGAGCCUCUUGUUGAAAUAAGGAUAAGACAACAGAUGAUUAAAUGAGGGAUAAUUCCCCGCAGACAUUUGGAGAAACUAAAUUCACAGCUGACUACUCGCAGUAAUCGUAACUGUUGGCCACGUUGCAAGCAACAACAGCAAUCCAUGAUGAGAUGCACUUCGACGUUAGCGUAUAUUAGUCGGAGAAGGAGGCGUGUUUUGUUUCGUUUGUCGUAAUAUGAUCUGAUUUUGAGGUAGACGUGAAGAAAACUAAUCAACACACGUCUGAAUCUUAAAGAGUUCUUGUUAGUGCACGUGUUGAAGGGCAUUGUGCUGUGUGUGCAGCUCUGUGUGCCCACUGAGAGAAUCUGUGUCCCAAAGACUGGUGUGUGUGUGUGUGUGUGCGUGUGUGUGUGUGUGUGUGUGUAUGUGUGUGUGUGUGUGUGUGUGUGUGUGUGUGUGUGUGUUUGUGAGUGUAGUUAUCUGUUGUGCCUUAUUGGAAGUUGUAGUGUUUUUGUCAUUUCUCUCUCAAGUGCCUGUGUGACUCUGACACUCUCUGCCCUCGCCCCCCCGUCUCCCCUCCUGCCUGCACUGGAGGUCAGAGGUCAGAUGGACCAGGUCAUUGGUUUAUCAUCAGUAACCAUCAUUACACAGGGACCAGCAAAACAACCCCAUGUCCCUCUCAGCAUGUCCGGACUUUUUCAUUUUCUCGCACCCCUCGUACCACCUGAGUGACGUCCUCAGUACAAACUUGACUCAGGUGUAGAAACACAGUGAAUUAUAGAGCUCAGACUGUUGGGUCGAUCAAACUGCUUUUCUCCAGUGAAGCCAAGUCUGUGUGUUUUGUAUUGUGAUUGCAGUGCUUCACUGUCUGUCUCCUCUUGUUGUGUGAUGUCCUCAUGUCACUUUAGCCGCUUAACUGACCCCCCUUUCAUCCCAGCACAUGCACUGGAUUUACACUCGACUCUAGAAGUCAUGACUGGACAAUGAUCACAUUUUAGAAAUUUUCUCAAACAGUUUUCAGUGAACAAAGAAAGCCAGCACACUUUGUCCGUCCCUUCAAACUGCAGUUCAAGCACCACAACCCAGUCGCCUGGUGAAAAUGUUGGCAUCAGAUGGUUCUGCAAACCGUGGAUAUGCUGCAUUUGUACGUUUCAUACGUGUCAUAUCAUCAUUUCUAAAGUGAUGUAGUAUAUGAGCUGACUGUGUCACUGGGACAUGGAGAGGGUGAUGGGACUGUUCAACCAACAGUCCAACUUGGUACCAACAAACAACAAAACCAGUUGUUUUUUAGUGAGCCAUCGCUGCAUUUCCAGCAGCUUUUGAGGUACCAUGCAAAAGUGUUUUUUAGCAGCUCACUGCUGUGUUUUCAGCAGAUAUUGUGCCACAAAAAGUGGUUGUGUUUUUUACAGAAAUGGCACCGCAUUUCCAGCCAGGAUAGUGCCAUGAAAAGCAGUUGGUUUUUAUAAUGACAUUGCUGUGUUUCCAGUGGAGAUUGUGCCACCUUAGACGUCACUGCAUUUCCAGCCAUGAUGCUGGCCCUAAAAAUGAUUGUUUUUUUUUUUUUUUGUUUGUUUUUUUACAGUGAUAUCACUGCAUUUCCAGUGUGGAUAAUGGCACCACACGCAUUUUUUUGUGGCUACAUCCCUGCAUUUCCAGCCUAGAUUGUGCCACGAGAAGUGGUUGCUUUUUAUGGAAAUGUCACUGCAUUUCCAGCCAGGAUAAUGGCACAUAAAUAAGUUUAUUUUUUACAGAGACAUCACUGCCUUUUCAGCCAGGAUAAUGACAUGAAAGGUGUUUGGUUUUUAAAGAAACAUCACUGCAUUUACAGCCUGGAUGGUGGCACUAUAAGUGUUUUAUUUUUACAGAAUCAUCAUUUCCAGCCAAGAUUGCACCUGGAAAAGUUGGUAUUUUAAGCCAGAAAUAAUCUUUUCUUAACUAUAACCAAGAGGCUCUUGUUCUGGUGGAGAUUGUACCAUGAAAAGUUUUUUUCCCUGAGACAUCACUGCAUUUCCAGCCAUGAUUGCCCUCUCAAAAGGAGGUAUUUUAAAACAAAACAUGAUCUUAUCCUAACCAUAUCCAAGGGCUUUUGUGCCUUAAACUAACCACGCAUUAAUCACAGCAUUAUUUAAAUGUAAAGUUUCAAAGUAUCCACUACAGAAUAACAUGCAAAUGUAACAUACCCAUGGUUUGCAGAAAUGUACAAUGCCAACAUUUAUUCUGGUGAUUGUGUUGAGCAGACACGAUGUAUUCAUUAUCUGAUCCUUCUUCAUUGUUUCCUGGAGACCUGAGACUGUUCCUCCGUCCCUCUCGUCCUUUUGUGCAUUCGAGCCUCUUUAACUUCCUGUUCUUUGAUGUCUUUGAUUCCUCAAACAAAGCUGGUGAUAUUUAAAAAGAAAAAAAUGUGAAAUAAAUCUUUUACUCGUCU